AUGCGGCAGGAAGAAGGCGUGUACUGCACAGGAACCUGCUGUUACUCUGUCCUUACCUGGUUGAACCUGCCCCUGCUGUCCCCAGUCCUAGGAGGAGAAGAGAAAGAGCCAGAGUGUCACCAGAGCGAGGAAGGAGAGCCAGAUGUAACACCCAGCCAGCUAGCUCAGAGAGCUCAAGCGAUGAUGAUUACCACCUCUUCAUGCUCAACCCGGCUGCUGCAGAGUGUCAGCCAAGGGCACCCGUACCCGGUCAGCUUGAGCAAAGAGCUGCACCUGUGGAGAGAGCUGAAGAAGCCGUUCCAGAGGCUGAUCCUGAGCCAGUGCCGGAGGCAGAGCCAGAAACGUCUACCUCAGACUCCUCUGAGGAAGCUCCAGAGCCUCGCCCAGUCAGAGCGAGGCCAGGCCAGGUCCAGAUGUGUCCAUGACUACUGCACCGCCAACCUAUAUUCUUUGCACUUCGCACUUUGA